AGGCAAGGGGCCAGAGCGAGAGGCAUAAAAUAAUAGCGAUUUACAUUUCCUAGAUGGUGGACUGGAAAAAAGUUACUCCGUUUUAGUUUUUCCCCAUCGCGAUUUUCGGGAGUUUUGAUCCGCGGAAAAGAACCGUGAUAGUGGCCAACUGGACGAUAGUGACGGGACAGUGCCAAGUGUUUCCGGAUCCGAAUUCGAUCUGUGCAAUCUCAUUCCUUUGUUGGGAAAAAGACAGGCCCCAUAGAAAAAUAAUCGAAAAGUGUUUGCUUCCUUCCAACAAAUUACCGAGGAGCCCAAAAACAGUGAAAGUGCGAGAUUUUUCGCAAUUGAUGCAAUAAGGUGGAAAAAUUUGUAUAUCGUCUGUUUGUUGGGAGAUCCUCGAGAUCAAUCGAUCUUAGAAAAGAGGGAUUUAGUCUAGUUCCGAUUCCAGGGGAAGUCAAACGGAACGGUCCGCAAACCUACGCGAAAAAAAAGUAGUUAUCGAUUUCCUUCCUCGAAGAAGGCCACCAUUCGGAAAGGGUUAAAAGUCUUACAAAAGUGCGAAAUUUCCAAGUGUCCCAUAUUUUGAUACCUAAAAUAUCGACCAGUAGCUCGUGUGUAAGCUUAAAGUUCUCGAGAAUUCCUCUACGAGAAAGUAGAAAAGUGUUUCCCUGCUAAAUUGUUUUCAUUCCCGAAAAAAAUCAAUGAAGAAAACGAUGCAAUAAAUUGCAUCAGUAGCAGCGUGCAUUCGACGAGAGAAGAAAUUUUUCACAUUCGUUCGAAUGAAAUGCCGAAAGUGUUGGUGGUAUGAUUCAUGCCAAAUUUGUUGAUCCCUAAGAAAAGUGUUUACCAGUGUGUUACGAAUAAAAAAUAGGUCUCAAAUUCGUAGUUGUUUUAUAAGUCAACACCAUUGAUCUCAUCAUUGGUAAAUUGGCGAAAAAGAGAAAAUAAAAAAGCAAAGAAGAAAAGCCAGUGUUUAUUUUCUGUUCGAGGGUUUUUGUAUUGCAAUAAAAGUGAUCAUCCGUCUGGCGGAUUUGUCCGGAUCAGCAUCAUGGAAGUGGUCGGGAACUUUGAGUACAACAGCAAGGAUCUGAUAGGGCAUGGGGCGUUUGCUGUGGUCUUCAAGGGGCGCCAUCGGGAGAAACAAUUCCCGGUGGCUAUCAAAAGCAUCACCAAGAAGAGCCUGGCGAAAUCGCAGAGCUUGCUCGGCAAGGAAAUCAAGAUCCUGCGGGAGCUAAGCGCCCUGCACCACGAAAAUGUCGUCACGCUACUGGCGUGCACCGAAAAGGACCACAACGUCUACCUGGUGAUGGAGUACUGCAAUGGUGGCGAUUUGGCAGACUAUCUGGCGGUCAAAGGCACUCUGAGCGAGGAUACGAUACGACUGUUCCUGGUUCAAUUAGCCAGUGCCAUGAAAGCCCUGUACGAGGUUGGCGUCGUCCAUCGGGAUUUGAAGCCGCAGAACAUUUUGCUGUCGCACAGCUGCGGCAAGCAUCUUCCAGCACCAUCCAAAAUCACACUCAAAAUAGCCGAUUUCGGUUUCGCACGGUUUCUCCAGGACGGAAACAUGGCGGCUACCCUGUGCGGUUCCCCAAUGUAUAUGGCCCCCGAAGUCAUCAUGUCGUUACAGUACGACGCCAAGGCAGAUCUGUGGUCCUUGGGAACAAUCGUAUUCCAGUGUCUAACCGGAAAAGCUCCGUUCCAGGCUCAAACCCCACAGGAACUGAAGAUGUUUUACGAGAAGAAUGCUAACUUAGCCCCUAAAAUCCCACCGGGCACCUCCAAAGAGCUGACAGAACUACUGAUGGGACUCCUUCGAAGAAAUGCCAAGGAAAGGAUGAACUUUGAAAUGUUCUUCUGCCAUGCAUUCCUUCAAAGGCAAAACACACCGCAAAACAAUGAAAUGCCACAAGGAGCAGCAUCCGGAGGGCAGCAGAUGGGUCACAAGGUCACUAGUCCAAACCAGAGAACGGCCAUGUCCCCGCAGCAGCAACAACAGUUACUCCUGAGGCAGCAACAAUUGCAGCAGCUACAGCAUCAACAGCAACAGCAGCAGCAACAACAACAGCAAAGGCAGCAACAACUGUUGCAACAGCAACAACAACAACGGCAACUACAAGAGCAACAGAAACAGCAAACGGUGGAAAAUAAUAACGUGCCAGUAGAGAUCGACGACAGCGUAGGAACUCUCGCCAGUGCAAACAACACAUCCAACAGCAGUCAGGACAACUCGGAUGACUUUGUCCUGGUCCCGAACAACCUCCCAGUGGAUCCGUGCAGUGGCAAUUAUGACAAAAGUAAACCAACUAGAGUGCCUCAAACAGCUACGAAUGCUCAGGCCAGUCCCCCAAGACCAAGCACGUUACCGAUCUCGGAACCCAAACCGGUACCCACGGGAGCUAGGAAAAUGUCUAGACCUCAAACUCAAACUCCACCAAAGAACAUCCCGAAUGCGAUACCUCGAUCUCAGCCGAUAAGCAUGAAGCGAUCGGAACAUCGUAACAGCAACUGUGACAUCAGCUCAAUUUCGCCACCGGCCGUACAAUUCGCCAUCGGAACCCCACCAACCGGAGGCCGCCGAAGGUCCACUUCCGGUGGGUCCCUGUCGGAAACACCUCCGCCACCUUCCUGCUGGACGGUGAGCCCGGCCUCUCAUCACUCUCCGCUUCGACGAUCCGGAACCAGUUCGCCAGUAUUAUCCAACGCUUUGUCCAAACUUCCGGCCCUUGGCAGCCCAACGCUGAUUGCGACCACGGAGAACAACAAUACUCACCAUCCACUGGGGGCUAGGGCUUUCACCCUCCCGGAAAUGGGAGCCACCGGCGGACUGCAGAGCUACUUCCACGAUAACAAUAUGGACGAUCAUCCAAUCAAUUUCCAUGCUCCGGAACUUCCCGCGGAAACGCUGCUGGAUCGUGAACAUAAUGAAACCCUGGCCAAGCUCAAUUUCGUGAUUGCGCUCACCGAUUGCAUCCUGGAGGUGGCCGAUUCUCGAUGUGCACCCCUCUCGGCCCUGAUGUCGGCCGAUGCCCAACCUAUUGCACCGCAUGCCCCGGAACACUGCAAACGGGCCGAACGGCUGGUACUGCUGGUUCGGGCCCUCAAUUUGCUGUCUUCCGGGAUGCAUCUGGCCUCGUCACAGCUCCAGAGUGGGCACCUGAAGCCCUCUAAUACGGUGAAAAAUGUUCUAUCAAUGAUGCACACUCGAUACCGAUCGACCCUGUGCGAGUCGAAGAAACUGAACGGGGCAGGUUUACUGCAGAAGGCCGGGGCCAGCAAUAUUACAGCCGACAAGAUUCUAUACGAUCACGCUAUUCAGAUGUGCCAAUCGGCAGCGCUGGACGAGCUGUUCGGCAAUCCGGAGGACUGCUUCACCCGGUACCAAUCGGCCCAGAUUCUACUGCACUCGUUGGCUCAGAAGUGCAACCACCCCCAGGACAAAAUGCUUCUCUCGAAAUAUAAGGAUGCCGUCGAGAAGCGACUCUACAUCCUGCAGCAGCAGGGCUUCAUCUACGCAACCGACGAGCUUUCUUGAACCAGUAGCAGCAGCAGCAGCAGCUGCUUCGGGGGAAGCGGUGGCGUCAUGCAGCUGCUGCCCCAGCGUCUGCGGCGUCCCUCGAAGGUGUUUUGACUCGGAUCGUGGAUUGGAUUGAGUGGGGUUUUUGUUGGGGCAGGUGGUAGUAGUAGUAGUACCAGUAGUGGGUCACUGUCUCCGAGGGACGCACUGAACAACCAAACGUGGGCCCUGUGGCAGCAACCGGCACCAGUAGUAUCGCAAUCGCAACCCCCAUCCCAGCAGAAACUUGGCUGCUGGACCCGGAUCAGUGGUUCCGGUUUGUCGCAGGAUGUCGUACGGGAAGAGUCCGAAGAGGAGGAGGAAGAAGAGGAUGUUUUUGUGGCACGGGAGCGGUGGCCCUCCAAGUGAAUGUGAUGAACAAAUGAGGAAUGACUUUAUCUAGAACUCGAAUGUAGGAGUUUGUGUUGGGGGAAUGUUUGUGAUGGGAAUGUGUGAAGGAAUAGUUGAUUCAGGUAUUUGUGGGAAUAUUUUUUUCCUUUAUUUAUUAUGUGAUUAUCUUUUGUAAAAGUUUUUCUGGGAAACUUUGAAAACCUUAUUCUCUCUUGAAACUAACGCUUAGAAGAAGCUGUAAAUCAAAUCAAAUCUGCUUUUGAUAAAAAUAUAUUGCAACACGUAGAAGCAUCUAUCUACCUACAUCGAAACCAGUACGUAAUUUAAGAGCAAACAUCUUUAGAACAAUCUCUUUAGGGAAAACAACAUUAGUUUUCGUUUGAAAAUCUCUAAACUAAAUGAAAACCUAUUAGCAUGUUUCUAAGAAUUAUUUUGUCAAAUUUUCCAUUAAAUUUUUAUAACGAACUCUUAUCCUGAAACUGAAACUUAUUUUCAAAUUGAUUAUAGAUUCUGAAUUCUAAUAAGAUUCUAUGUUAGCAUUCCAAAAUUUUCUUCAGUAUACAGUCCCUGAUUUUGAAUUGAAUCUGCCACUCUUCAAUUUUCGAAACACUUAGCUGCUUUGUGAAUAUACACGCUUAAAAACAUUCGUAAGUGUACAUAAAAUUCCAUCUAACUCAAAAUUUCGACCACUAUCAAAUUAAACAAACGAUAAACGGAAAAGGAUUACUCAAUAUAGGAGACAAAUGUUGGGCUUUUGAAUGUUAGUAGUUUCGCUUAUAGUAGGAAAACCAACACAAAUCGAUAACUGUAGAUAAUGUGAAGAAAAAAACGAUACGUGAAACUCUAGGAAAAAUAUUGUUAUCGAUGCCGUUUGGCCAGGUUACGCAAUGAAAGUUUGUUAUGCACAUAAUGAAAAAUACACACGAGACGAGACAAAAGGCGGGGAGAAAUCAAGAGAAGCGCGAAAUUGCUAAAUAAUUUCCGUUUUCUGUUUCAAAGAAAGGGGAACUUUAUUCCAAUUACGCGGGAGGUUUUCAAAGUUUAACCUUUUUUCUUCAAUAAACAACUUUCAACAGAAGAUUUUCUUCUGGACAACUGCGGUGACGCAAAUUGUGCCGAGUUCUAAAAGCAUCGGAGCUGAUCCGGUGCACUUUUAUACCCUCGGUCUGUGUACAAGAAGCGUUUCAAAACAUCUUUUCUAUUCUCAACAACAUUCGCGCCGACGAGCGUCAACACACGAUGACUAACAACAUCCCAUCUAGCAGUUGUGCAAAUAAGCCUUUCGAAAAUACCUUGAAAAUAGGUUCCCAUUGUUUUGUGACCGUUUUUCCAUCAGACCGUUUCUGCGGUCUGGUUUGUGUUUUACCAGCAUUUUUCUUGUUUUUUUUUUUUUGAAAAAAAAACAUUUUCCGAAUAUUUACCAGCGCCUGUGUGAUAGCGUGAGCGUGUGUGUGUGAGAGCAAACAUACAAAAUAUGAUAAAAGCUAGUACCUAAGUACAAAUAAUAUCUAAAAAUCUAGUAGAACCGAAAGCAUUCGCUGGAGCGAGAAUGACGAAAAGAGAACUGGAGUUAAGUCAGUUGGAAUAAACAUUAAAAAAAAAAACAAAACAGCACUGUUUAAAAAGAAAAAAAAACAGAAAAUUCUGUUUAAAGCUGUAAACUUAACGGCGUGUAUCGAAAACCUUACCAUAGACCGCAAACAAAAUUGUGCCACGUGUGAUGGCCAGGAAGAAAGAGAUAAAAACUUACCGGAUGUGUUUACUGAAACAUUGCGAAAUCAUCACAUGUUUGUAGGCUGAUUGACGACUAAUUGAUCACACUCCACAUCUACAGAUGAGAAAUGGGGGCGAUUUUGUUGCAAUCCUCAAUUGCAUAGCAUAGGUAUCCUCCUGUUACGUUCGCUAAUAUGAAUAGGAAUGCAACAGAAUUGUUGCAGCAUUUUUCGGGUGUGAUUGGGUUUAAACAGCAGAAAUCAAACAUCAACAGUUAAUCAUUAAUUUAAUCGGAAGGGUCUUGAACGGAGAAUGACUUUUCCGAGAAAGGUUUUAUGAUCUUUGAGUAAGGAAACAGAAAACAAAUAAUAAUCCCCAUAUGAAUGCGGAAGAAACAUAUGUUAGAGGAACACAACACAUUAUAUAUGAAAUAAUAAUAAAACAAAACAGACAAAAACAACAAAUAAACUUCAUAAAAUAAAUAAUAAAUACUGAAAUGUAACAG